UGAGGUACAAAGCAGAAGAAGAAGAAGAGCUCUCGGACUUCCUGGGGCUAACGGUACUGUGGCUACAUAGCUUAGCGCGUCUGCUGGACCACGGACCGAUGCCAUGAUUUAACGAAAGAUGGAUACCUGACCUGUUCACAAUCGAGUGGCUGCUGGAGAGAAGGGAUUGCAGUAUGUACGCCUCUGGGAAAUACAGCUCGCGGGGUCCAGCCCUCAUUCCGCGCAUGAAAACCAAGCACCGAAUUUACUACAUCACCCUUUUCUCUGUGGUGUUGCUUGGACUCAUUGCCACGGGGAUGUUUCAGUUUUGGCCUCACUCGAUCGAGUCUACAGCCGACUGGACCUUGGAGAAGCGCAGUGUCCAUGACGCCCCUCUGUUCCGCCUCCCUGUCUCCAGCCCAAUUCCUGAGAGAGGAGACCUCAGCUGCCGCAUGCACACUUGUUUUGAUGUGUACAGAUGUGGAUACAAUCCAAAGAAUAGAAUCAAGGUUUAUAUUUACCCACUGCAAAGGUUUGUGGAUGAAGUCGGUGUUCCUAUCAGCAGUACUGGACUGUCAAGAGAGUAUAAUGAUCUCCUCAGCGCCAUCUCCGACAGUGAUUUCUACACAGAUGAUGUCACCAGAGCUUGUCUUUUUAUCCCAUCCAUUGAUGUGCUGAACCAAAACUCACUGCGCAUCAGAGAGACUGCGCAGGCUCUUGCAAUGUUACCCAGGUGGGACAGAGGGAUGAAUCACCUCCUUUUCAACAUGUUACCUGGCGGCCCUCCAGACUACAAUACUGCUUUGGAUGUCCCUCGAGACAGAGCACUUUUGGCUGGUGGUGGCUUCUCAACGUGGACUUACAGACAGGGUUAUGACGUCAGCAUUCCAGUUUACAGCCCCCUCUCUGCCGAUGUGGAACUGCCUGAUAGACAGCCCGGUCCCCGGCGUUACUUCAUUCUGUCCUCUCAAACUGCCAUUCACCGAGAGUAUCGCGCUGAACUGGAGCGCUUGAAGGAGGAAAAUGGUGAAGCUCUGCUCCUCUUGGAUAAAUGUAGCAAUCUUUCUCAGGGCGCUGCAUCUGCACGCAAGCGCUGUUACAAGGGGCAAGUGUUUGACUAUCCCCAGAUCCUGCAGGAAUCCUCAUUUUGUGUGGUCUUAAGAGGGGCACGUUUGGGUCAGGCCACCCUCAGUGAUGUGCUGCAAGCUGGCUGUGUCCCUGUCAUUCUGGCUGACUCCUACAUCCUUCCCUUUUCUGAAGUGCUCGACUGGAAAAGAGCUUCAGUGGUUAUUCCAGAGGAGAAGAUCUCUGAGAUGUACGCCAUCCUGAAAAGUAUUCCACAUAGGCAAGUGGAGGAGAUGCAGAGACAGGCACGUUGGUUUUGGGAAGCCUAUUUCAGCUCCAUGAAGGCCAUUGGCUUGACAACACUGCAGAUCAUCAAUGACCGCAUUUACCCAUAUGCUGCUCGCACUUAUGAGCAGUGGAACAAUCCACCUGUUGUGAAGUGGUCGAGUGUGAACAGUCCCCUGUUUUUGCCCCUGAUACCACCGCGAGCCCCAGGAUUCACAGCAGUGGUGCUGACGUACGACCGCGUCGAGAGCCUCUUUCGUGUCAUCACUGAAAUAAGCAAAGUGCCCAGUUUGGCCAAGCUGCUGGUAGUUUGGAAUAACCAAAACAAAAGUCCCCCUGAAGAGUCUCUUUGGCCCAAGAUCAGUGUCCCUCUUAAAGUUGUACGAACCAAAGAGAACAAACUGAGUAACCGAUUUUUCCCGUAUGACGAGAUUGAGACUGAGGCGGUGCUGGCAAUUGAUGAUGACAUCAUCAUGCUGACGUCCGAUGAACUCCAGUUCGGCUACGAGGUGUGGCGGGAAUUCCCCGACAGGUUGGUGGGAUACCCGGGUCGGCUGCACCUCUGGGAUCACGAGAUGGGAAAAUGGAAGUAUGAGUCAGAGUGGACCAACGAGGUGUCCAUGGUUCUUACUGGUGCCGCCUUCUACCACAAGUACUUCAACUAUUUAUACACGUACAAGAUGCCGGGGGACAUCAAGAACUGGGUGGAUGCGCACAUGAACUGCGAAGACAUUGCCAUGAACUUCCUGGUGGCAAACAUCACCGGCAAGGCUCCGAUAAAGGUGACCCCCAGGAAAAAGUUCAAGUGUCCCGAGUGCACUGCCAUCGAUGGGCUGUCCCUGGACCAGACGCACAUGGUUGAGAGAUCUGAGUGCAUCAACAAGUUUGCGUCCGUUUUUGGAACAAUGCCUCUGAAGGUGGUGGAGCACCGAGCCGAUCCAGUCCUCUACAAGGAUGACUUUCCUGAGAAACUCAAGAGUUUUCCGAACAUCGGCAGCCUCUGAGCGCUGUGCUGUGCUGUGCUUGUGCUUGGACUCAUUACAAACGGAACACGUCAUCCGUCUCUACAACGCUCUGGUUUUACCGAGAUACCUGUUACUGAAGUGGUGCAUGUUCACGUCAUCUUUCAGGUUCAUGUUUAUUUAUAUUCUAAGCCUGCAGAGCAGUUCAGUUUAUUUCCUGUAGGUCGCAAAGACCAACGACAGAAUACUGUCACGGAAGAUCGAGAAACUGCUGUUAGUCGAAACCCCAUAGGGAACGUGUGAAUGUGUGUUUUGAACAGAGGUGUAAAUAUAGUUAAUAAUUUAUCAUGCUAUAUUCAGAAUAUUUUUCGCAGAUAUUACGAGUCUCUGAGUGAGAGAGAAGAAAAUAAACUCUAUCAUUUGUUUCUCCGUCAGUCAAGGAAUGUGCCAUCGUGGUGUAAAUUUCAUCCCGUGAAUAUCAAAAAAGUAUCUUACUGAAGAAUAUAAACAACCUGCUGAAUCCUGCCCUUCCCCACCUCCAAGUCACGGCUCUUCAUAUGGACUCACGUUUUUAUGCUUGUGAACUUUAUAUUUCAUUUGACGAAACAGUUAAAAACUGUGAAAAUAAGGUUUUAGUUUUUUUCAUGUUUUGUGCCCAUCUGACUCACAACUUUUUACCGUUUUAUGUCCUUUUUUUUCAGCAAAUUGUUUAAUUUUUUUUAGUAUCUAUGAUUGUGAUUAUAAUAAAAAUGACAAAACACA